UUCUUUCCGGUUGUUGGCUCCUGCAGGCCCCACCCCGACUGGGCCCUGCGCCCCCCGCCCCCCGCGGCCCCCAGCCGCCGGGCCCGCCGCCACCAUGAAGAAAUUCUUCCAGGAGAUCAAAGCUGACAUCAAGUUCAAGAGCGCGGGACCUGGUCAGAAGCUCACGGAGUCCGUGGGGGAGAGGGCCCCCAAAGAAAAACCCAACCAGCCAGCACUGCGGCAACCCCGCCAGGGACCCACUGAUGAGGCCCAGAUGGCGGCCGCGGCAGCCCUGGCCCGGCUUGAACAAAAGCAGCCAAGGUCCCGGGGCCCCACGUCGCAGGAGUCCAUCCGGAACCAGGUGAGAAAGGAACUUCGAGCUGAAGCGACUGUCAGCGGGAGCACAGAGGCCCCGGGGACCAACACGGUGCCCGAGGCCAAAGAGGAAGGCUCAGCCCAUCUGGCGGUGCCCAGCGUGUGCUUCACGUGCCCGCUCACCGGGGCCACGCUCAGGAAGGACCAGCGGGAUGCCCACAUCAAAGAGGCCAUUCUUUCGCACUUCUCCACCGACCCUGUGGCUGCCUCCAUCAUGAAGAUCCACACGUUCAACAGAGACCGGGACAGGGUGAAGCUGGGUGUGGACACCAUUGCCAAGUACCUGGACAACAUCUGCCUGCACCCCGAGGAGGAGAAGUACAGGAAGAUCAAGCUGCAGAACAGAGUGUUCCAGGAGCGCAUUAACUGCCUGGAAGGGACCCACGAGUUUUUUGAGGCCAUUGGUUUCCAGAAGGCGCUGCUUCCGGUUCCCGAUCAGGGUAAGGGAGGUAGAGCAGGGUCUUGGCUGUGCUGGGAAGAGGAGAGCAGGGUGGGGGCCUCUCCCUGCGGCAGCAGAGUGACCUCUGUGCGUGCCCCAGAGGGCCCCGAUGAGUUCUACGUGCUGAGCGAGGCCGCCCUGGCCCAGCCCCAGAGCCUGCAGAGGCACAAGGAGCAGCUGCUGGUCGCCGAGCCCGUGCGGGCCACACUGGCCCGCCAGCGCCGGGUCUUCCGACCCUCGCCCAUGGCCUCCCAGUUUGACCUGCCCGGGGACUUCUUCAACCUCACGGCAGAGGAGAUCAAGCGGGAACAGAGGCUCAGGUCCGAGGCCGUGGAGCGGCUGAGCGUGCUGCGGACCAAGGCCAUGCGGGAGCGGGAGGAGCAGAGGGAGAUGCGCAAGUACACCUACACGCUGCUGCGCGUCCGCCUCCCCGACGGCUGCCUCCUCCAGGGGACCUUCUAUGCCCGGGAGCGGGUGGCCGCCCUGUACGCAUUCGUCCGGGAGGCCUUGCAGAGCGACUGGCUGCCUUUCGACCUGCUGGCCUCGGGCGGGCAGAGGUUGUCGGAGGACCAGAGCCUGGCCUUCAACGAGUGCGGGCUGGUGCCCUCGGCCCUCCUGACCUUCUCGUGGGACGCAGCAGUGCUAGAGGACAUCAGGGCCGCCGGGGCCGAACCGGACUCAUCUAUUCUGAAACCUGAGCUCCUGGCAGCCAUUGAGAAGCUCUCGUGAAAUAAAAGCAGGGUCGGCUUUAGCCCACGUGGGUUUGUCUCAUGCUCUCCUGCUUCCUCCACCACUACCCCCCCCCACCCUGUCUCCUCCCUCCCAGGGUGCCCCGCUCCUCCGGAACUGCCCGCCCUGGCCCACAGAGCACUGCGGGCACAGGGAGGGGGCUGGUCGGCUGCGACAUGUGCCUGGGAUGGCCACCUGGAGAGGGCUGUCAGGACACAGCCGCCGUACCUGUUCACGGAGGCCCUGGGCAGGAGAGUAGGCCUGUGGCACGGGCCCAGUCCCUGUGUGCUGUGGCCCAGAUGGCCGCGGCUGGCCCUAACGCUGAGCCACGGGGUUGCUGGGGACAGCGGCAGAGGGAGAUGCGGGCCUGUCAGGACACGGUUCUGUGAUUACUGAAUUAUGAACCCAAAUAAACGUCAGACUAGU